CUGAAAGGGGAUCGUGGCGUGCGUUAUCUCGCUUCCGUUCCUUGAGCAGUGCGACGCGCUGCGCGAAAGUGCGAUAGUGCGUUUAUCGCGAUCGUGUACGCGCUACCGUGAAUGCGUGGCCCGUUAACGCCACUGAGAGACGCGUUUUCCGGGAGGCGCGAAUCGCGAAUCUCCGCAUACCGCUGCUUGUCCCACCGAGGUCAGCGAGACGGCGAUCGACACAGCCGCCGCGAUUCAUGGUGCUGGUGUAUCCCGUCGAAAAAACGACCGAGCUAUGCGCACGAUCGCGUCGUCGCCUACCCCAUAAUGCGCUGUGGGUCAGCAAUAAUUACUUACCACGAAAAUUUAGUGGUACUGGCAUGAUAAAAUAAAGAAAGUGAACGAAGGAAAUGAGCCACAAUAUCGCGGGCAUGCCACCCUUCACAAGGAUGCCAUUGGCGGGUAUGGGAAUGGGUGUGAAUAUGGGCCCAAAUGCCCCACAUCCUGAUUCUUCUGCUCAUCCUCAUCCACCACCGCCACCACCAGCUGGUACUAAUCCUAAGAAAAAAAGACGUACGAAUUCAAAUGUUACUCAACCACCUCCACAGCAACCUCCAUCUGUACAGGAUUUACUACCCCCACCUUUAUCGGGUUAUGGUGAUACAAUAGUAGCGAGUAAUCCCUUUGACGAUACACCGCCACAGACUCCAAGCCCAAUGAUGCAUGGAGGUCCUCCACAUAUGCAUCCUCAUCAUCCGCAUCACAUGGGUGGACCUCCUAUGCGAGGCAUGAGUCCUUUAACCUCUAUGGGUGGUAUGAGUCCUAUGAUGCCACAUAAUAUGGGCAAUAUGAGCCCUAUGGGUAAUUCACCUAUGACAAAUCAUAUGAAUCAUAUGGGAGCUAUGUCUCCUAUGAAUCAUACCCCUCUCGGCGGCAUGAGCCCCAUGAAUAACAUGGGACCAAACAUGCCACCUGGUCCAAUAAAUACUAUGAAUAAUCAUAUGAAUAUGAGUCAUAUGGGAAAUUCGCAACUAAGCGGUCCACCUAUGGGCAGUCCAAUGAAUAAUAUGAAUAGUGGACCUAUGGGUAGUCCAAUGAACAACAUGGGUCAUAAUAUGGGUAGUCCUAUGGGUGGUCCUCUAGGUUCUCCGAUGAACACUAUGGGAGGAUCCAAUCAUAUGCCUAAUGGACCGAUGAAUAUGAAUAACAUGAACAGUCAUAUACCGCCCAACAGUCCGUUGAAUGGACCAUCGCUAAAUAAUGUGAAUAGUCCAUUAGGACACAAUGGAUCUCAACCUCAUCCGAAUCAUAUGGGAAACAAUCUUAACAAUUUAGGAAGACCUAUGAAUGGACCUAUGACUACUAUGAGUUCAAUGACAUCGAACAAUAUGAAUAUGACUAUGCCGAAUCAGAUGAACAAUAUGAAUAUGGGUGGUCCAGGAAUGAAUAUGUCUAAUGUGAAUAUUAGUCAUCAUAAUCAAAUGGGAGGUCAUAUGACAGGACCAAUGGGUACAAUGCCCAAUAAUAUGGGCGGUGGACCACCUAUGGGACAUCCCAUUAAUUCCAUGGGAGGUUCUAUGCCACCACAUGGAUUUCAAGGUCCGGGAAUGGGUCCAAAGUCAAUGCCAAUGUCUUCAGUCAAAGUAUAUCCUCCAGAACAGUCAAUGGUAUUCAAUCCACAAAAUCCUAAUGCACCACCAAUUUAUCCUUGUGGGGUUUGUCACAAGGAAGUACAUGACAAUGAUCAGGCAAUUCUGUGUGAAUCAGGUUGUAAUUUUUGGUUUCACAGGAGUUGCACAGGAUUGUCAGAAUAUGCUUAUCAAUUAUUAACGGCAGAGGUUUUUGCGGAAUGGGUGUGUGAUAAGUGUUUAAAUUCGAAGACCAUACCUCUGAUUAAGUUUAAACCAUAACACUUCGUGUCCCGUCGUUUUUGCGACGCUCGAGAGACUCUUUGUUAGCGUUUAUAUGUGGAACAUGCACAUAUGCGCGUACGAUUGCGCACAUACACACAGAUACAUCUACAGCACACAUGAUAAAUAUUAAUGCACGUGCAAAAUCGUGCAUACAAUAUAAAGAUUUGCUGUUUGUUAAUAAUUUAGCUUUAACUUGUUGAAAUAUUAGGGUAUCAUUCAAAUCGCGUGUAUCAAUGAAUACAAAGGAAAAAUUAACGUUCAGAAAUUAUUUUAAAUUUUGAGUGCGAUUGUGACAAAUGGGUUCAUAAACAAAAUUAUGAUUAAUCAAAUAAAUUAUAAAAUGUAAAAAAUGUAGAAAACAAUUUUAGCAUUCAUAUAUUUCUUUGUUUUUAAAAAUUAAUAUGUAUAUAUAAUGUUAAUAUAUAUUUUCAAGUAUUUUAAAAGAAUUUGGUUUAAAACAAAAAUGAAUUGGAUGAAAAAGGAUUAAAUAUAAUGUUCAAUGAUGUUAUAAAAUAUCUAACAUAAGAUUUGCAAAAGACCUAGUAUUCUUACGAUUAAUUGCAUUUAAUUCAAAAUUAACAGUACCUAUGUGUAGAUUAAUAGCAAAACAAAUGUAUAUUAUUAAAGACAAAUCAUAAGCAAUUACUUCUUCUUUGUCUUAUCCUACCUAAACGUUUUUAAUAAAUAGAAAUAAAAAUUAUCUUUUAGCAAUCAAUAUAUGCGGUUUGUAAUAUUAUAAUUUUGUGAACAAAAUUAAUGUUUAUGAGUACCAUUUGUCAUUAGAAUCAUUGAUUAAAGGAUUCUAUGGAUUUUCUCGACAUUUUCAGAAUUAUAUGACACAUGAACAUCAACAAAUAUUGAAAUGAUAUCGAGGGAAUUGUAAAAAAUAUAAAUCAUUAAAUGUACAAAUAAUGAUGACAUUUGAUUAAUAAUUUUAUUAUCAGAUUAUUUAUCGAAAAAUGAAAAUAUGUUUGAAACUAUAUAUAUACACAAGUCAUGUAUUAUUUAAACUAUUUUUGUUUAUUGCAAUUGAUGAAUAUAUCGCCUUUGACAUAUAGCUAUAUUAUUGUGAUAAACAAAUUAUUGCUGAUUAUUACUGAAGAUUGACAUAAGAACUUGUCACAAGUCCUAUUUUUAUUGUUAGAUUUAUAUGUUUUAUUAAACUUAAGUGUAUGACUCAAAACAAUCAGCAUAUAUGGGCCAUCUCCAUUCAAAAAAACAAUUAUACAGACUCAAAUGCAGUAUUGGUACUCCCAGUUGAUAUACCUACAAAUGCUGCAAUUCUUAUAUUUUUAUAUGUCAUGUAUUUUAAUAUAAAAAAGAAACCAUGGUAAAUUUUA